CUCUAGCCUGACACAGAUACGCGUCGCUUCCCUUGCUGAUGCGCGUCAUCGACCAACCUCCCUCCUUCCGAUCUCCCCGAAAGGUAAAUCCCAUCAUCCUGCAAUCCUCGACAUCCGCAGCAUCAUCGUCCUCUUCUUAAUCCGCAGUAGAGUUUAGCCACACUCGCACAACUGCACUCGACGACCCACAGUAAAACCCAUAACACACAUCGAACAGAACAGAAUCGAAUGCCCGCCAACGAAAACUCUCCCCUCUUGGGGCGCUCUCAGAGCGACGGCGGUCUCGAUCACCCGGCAAAGACGUUUCGUCCCCUAAAGUCGUCCUGGUUCCUCUUGACGAACGGUUGGCUCAACGUGCUCCUCGUCACCGUUCCCGUCACUAUCGCAGCCAAGUUUGUCAACUGGCCCGCUACCGUCAAAUUCGUCAUCUCGUUCUUGAGCAUCAUCCCGCUCGCUGCCUUACUGGGAGAUGCCACCGAACAACUCAGCAUGAGCUUGUCUCAAAGCGUCUCGGCCCUCUUGAACGCGACCUUUGGUAACGCCGUCGAACUCUUGGUCGGUAUCGUCGCCUUGCAACAAGACCAGCUCCGAUUAGUCCAGACGUCCAUGCUGGGAAGCAUCCUUUCCAACAUUUUGCUCGUCCUGGGUUGUUCUUUCGCUGCGGCAGGGACGGUUUAUAAGGAGUCGACCUUCCGGAUGACCGCUGCGCAGACUUCUUCGGGGAUCAUGACGCUCGCUUGUGUCGGACUCGUCAUCCCCGCUGCCUACCACUCGACCUACGCUCGAUCGCCCCGUGACGGUGGCGCCCAUCCGUCGCCCAAGGACCUCCUCCUCGGCUCGAGCCCCGAUAACGGUAACGCUCCCGCUCCUCACGACGGGACCUUGAAGGGACUGCUCGUCCUGAGCAGGGGGACCGCGAUCAUCUUGCUAGGAGUUUACAUGUUCUACCUCUACUUCCAGCUCAAAUCCCACGCCUCGUUGUUCGAAGCCGACGCUCAAGCCGCUCGGACUAACGAGAACGGCGAGGUCGAAGAGGAGGAAAAGCCAGAGAUGGACGCCUACUCGGCAUUCGGCUGGUUGGCAAUUGUUACUGUGGCUACGGCCGUCUGUGCCGACGUCUUGGUCGCCAGUAUCGAUGAGACUGCCGCUCAGUGGAACCUUCCCAAGGCCUUUAUCGGUCUCAUCUUAUUGCCCAUCGUCGGAAAUGCCGCCGAACACGUCACCUCAGUCUGGAUGGCCAUGAAGGGCAAGAUGGAGAUUACGAUCGGUGUCAGCGUAGGGUCCUCGAUCCAGAUCGCCGCUGGGAUGAUCCCCAUCUUGGUAUUGGCCGCCUGGCCUUUGGGCAAGAACCUGACCCUCUACUUUGCCGAUUUCGAGACGAUCAUGCUUUUCGUCUCUGUCAUGCUGGUCAACAUCCUCCUCCAGGAUGGUAGGACCAACUACAUCGAGGGUGUUCUCUUGAUCGCUCUCUACCUGAUUAUCGCUUUGGCUUAUUUCGUAUCCGAGUGAUCGCCCGCGAUGCUAUGCGGCUUUACCGAUGGAAAACAAGAUUAGAAACCUUGUCGACUAGCUACUAGCAACUAGCAACUGAUACCCCUAGGCAACUUUGUGAGGAUGUGGAAUCAUAUUUAUUUAUGGCUUGCAAACAUAACUCGCGGUUUCACAUGCCCCGGCGGGUUCUCACCUGCUUUGGGAAGUAUAAUGACUAGGGUGCCUGAACCAGAUAUUUGUACGUCGCGAUUGUGUUUGCAAAGGCGAAAGGGUCGCCAUUGGCAGGGACCUCACAGGCGUUCGAGGACGUGGUCGAGUGUCUGGCGUCGGAAUGUUUUGAUAGUAUCCUAAAGUGAUCUCUAUGACAUCCAGUGAGAUGAACAAGCUAACGUGCAGAAGAUUCGGCGUAAUGGUAGCAAGGUCUUCCGGUAUCUGAAAACCCCAAAGAUUAUGCUUGAAGUUGUCGGAGUGAAGGGGCAAAUUGUG